AUGUGGUUUAAUACUCCCAAAUUCGAACAUCGUUUUUCUGUCUGUCUGUCUGUCUGUCUGUCUUUCUGUCUUUCUUUCUUUCUUUCUUUCUUUCUUUCUUUCUUUCUUUCUUUUGUCAUGUUUUAUUUUGUAAUCAUCCAUUUCUCUGUUCCUUCUUUUAUUCUUUCGUUCUUUCAGUUCCUUUCUUCCUUUAAUUCUUUAUUUUUUUCUUUUGAAUUUACUUGGACAUGUGCUACCAAAUUUGAAAUUCAUUCCUUAUUUAGGAUUAUAUGCAAAACAUCAUGCGACAUAUUAACAAUGACAUUAAUUUCCACUCUCUCUGCAAUCGCAUUCCUCUUUUCCCUAUAUGUCGUCCAACUCAAUCAUUCCUCCCACUCUUUUCCACAUUUGUCGUGUCUCUCAUUUCACUCUAUAAGACUUAACCUUUUUUUUCUUUCCUCACUUUCUUUUGCUUUUCAUUUGCUCAUAAUACUAUUCGAUCUAUCUAUCUAUCUAUCUAUCUAUCUAUCUAUCUAUCUAUCUAAAUUUCAUUCUUCUUGUUCUUCUUCUCCUCACCCCCACCCCACCCUUUGCAUAACGAAUUGUUUCUUCUUCUUCUUCUUCUUCUUCUUCUUCUUCUUAUUAUUAUUAUUAUUAUUAUUAUUAUUAUUAUUAUUAGCCUUUUAUAUCUCUCCCCCAUGUGUAACAAUUCAUUAUCUACCCCCAUCAUCAUCAUCAUCAUCAUCACCAAUAAGAAUACUUUUUCUCAAACGUGCAAUUCCCUAUUUCCUCAUACUUUCACCCUCUCUCACCUGCGCCUGCGCGCUUGAGUUAAAGAGAACGUGGAGAACGCGGAGAGAGAGCGGAGAGAAGCGGCGGAAAACGGCUUGGUUGAUUUUGCUGGUGUGGUUUGUUGGUUGUCCUGCUUCAAGGAAGACCGAUCCGAACCAAGAGAUGGAAAUAGAACCCGUACGAAUCCAGAAAACUUCGUCAACAAAGCUCGUAGAGCCCAGCCAUUUGAUCCUUUACCAUCGGACCGUUCUGGAGGAUCGGAACACUGCUGUUCGGAUCAAAAACUCACAACGUGGCGAAUACUGGUGGUUCCUUCAGCUCACCGGAGGAGGAACGGAUGGUUUUCUUUUAGCGGCCACAGUAACCGUUUCCUGUUUUUCUUUUGUUGAAACUUUUUUUGUUAAUCACCUUAUUCCCCUUUUUUCUCUUCCUUUUUCAUUUUAUCUCCUCACAUUUCUUCAUAUUCUUCUUCUUUCCUACCCCUCUCGUUAUUGUUGUACUUUUUCUUCUUCUUCUUCUUCUUCUUCUUCUUCUUCUUCUUCUUCUUCUUCUUCUUCUUCUUUCUCUACCCAUUCUUUUCCAUCCUAUAUCCCCUCUAUAUCUUCUUCCUUCUCUUCUUCUUCUCCCCACUACCUCCUCUAUAUAUUCCUUUCUCUACCUCCUCAUUUUCCAUCCUAUAUCCCCUCUCUAUGCUCUUCUACUUUUCUUCUUCUCUCCACUACCUCCUCCAUUUAUUUCUUUCUCUACAUCCUUCUUUUCCAUCCUACAUCCUCUAUAUCUUCUUCUUCUUCUUCUUCUUCUUCUUCUUCUUCUUCUUCUUCUUCUUCUUCUUCAUUCCUUUCUCUACCCCCUCUGUUUCUUCUUCUUUUUUAUUAUAUAACCUGUUUAUAUCUUCUUUUUCUUCUUUUUUCUGUUCAUGUUUCAUUAUUUAUAGAUAUUUAUAAACAAACAAAAAGUACAGGUGGUGGAUUAUACACACAUCUAUCUAUCUAUCUAUCUAUCUAUCUAUCUAUCUAUCUUUCAAUAUAUAUAUAUAUAUGUGUAAAAAUAUCUAUCUAUCUAUCUAUCUAUCUAUCUAUCUAUCUAUCUAUCUAUCUAUCUAUAUAUAUAUAUAUAUAUAUAUAUGUCUUUCAUCCGACCCUCGCUUUUAUUCUGAUACACUUACAGGUCUUUCAGCCAACUCUCGCUUUUAUUCUGAUACACUUUCAUCUUUUUCAGCCGACCCUUGCUUUUCCCCUGGUACCUUUACAGAUCUUUCAGCCGACCCUUGCUUUUCUCCUGGUACCUUUACAGAUCUUUCAGCCGACCCUUGCUUUUCCCCUGGUAUCUUUACAUGUUUUUCAGCCUACCCUUGCUUUUCUCCUGGUACCUUUACAGGUCUUUCAGCCGACUCUCUUAUACUAA